CUUUAGCUCCGUCCUCUCUCUCCUCACACACUCGAUCCAACGCGUGAGCAGUGAGAGAUCACCAUACCGCCCACAUUCUCAUUCGCGGCUCAGUUUCAGAGAGGGCAGUCAGACCACCACACUUGCAGGAGACCAAAUACUAUAUUAUAACACUAGGCUACGACGCGCGAACGAACUCUCCUGCAUAUUAAGUUCAAAUGGCGGCAGUUACACAAAAAUGAUUGAUACUAGAAGAAACACUCUAAUCGACCAAAUCCAAUUACAGAGAAUUGGAACUGAGAGGGCGCUUGGGCGUCUGGAGUCCAUCAGUUCCACUAUAAUGGAUACGCACGGGAACCAAAACGUGAGGUGACUCUCGGAAUGAACUACACAAACUUGCAAGGACAAGUGGCCAACGUCAAACAUCAUUAUCAGCCCAGCGCGCAAUCCUUGCGGCUCAUCAUUCUGCUGAUCCUAGUCAUGGGGGUGGCCCCAUCCCCAGCUCUAACAGCGGGAUGCCCGGCACGAUGCAUAUGCGAUGACCAGCUGGUGGUCCAGUGCGCCGGGCAGCACCUCACCGCCUUCCCCACUGACCUGCCGCUGGCCACUCGGCAGCUCAUCAUCUCCAACAAUCGCAUCGUGGAGCUGCCGCCGUUGCAGCUCAACUACCUGUCGGACUUGGUGUACUUGGACUGUAGCAACAAUUCCCUGACGGAGAUUUCUAUGUCCACAUUCGGGAACCUGGGGAAGCUUGCUUACCUGGACUUGUCCUUCAACACCUUAACGCGGAUAGAGGACAGGACGUUCGGGCCGCUCUCCAGCCUCGUGAUGCUGAGAAUGACGGACAACCCCGGCCUGUCGGAUAUUCACCCGGACGCUUUCGCAAAGAACUCGGCGCUGCAGGUGCUGGACGUGAGCCGGAACAACCUGACGGUGCUCAACAUCAGUUCUCUCAUCGCGCUGCCCACCCUGCGCUCGGUCGGCCUCAGCGGGAAUUCCUGGAGCUGCGACUGCGAUAACGAGGACCUCUGUCUCUGGGUUCACAUCGAGGCAUUCAAGUUUCAAGAUGAGGGUCAGACGGUGUGCCGUGGUCCUCCUGACCUGCAGGGGCAGCGUCUGGGUGAGCUGGGGCUGCAGCUGCGGUCGCGGUGCCACCAGGGCCUGGGUUCCUGGGACUACCUGUUCUUCCUCGCCAUCGGCUUUGUUAUCUUUGCGGCAGGAACGGUGUCGGCGUGGGCAAUCGGCGUGGUCAUGGUACUGUACGAACGCUAUGUCAAGAAGAAGAGCGAGCAGAUGGACCCCGAUGACGAGAUUGAGCAGGACGCAGGACCUGGCACGGGGGGCGGAGGUGGUCACCAUGCCAACCCACGAGGUAAUGGGGAUUUGAAAAACACUGGUCACAUGGUGGUAUGACUCCACCCUGUCCCACAGCCUCCCUACCGACUGUGCCUCGGAACCUACAGAACUACAAAACCUUUGAUGUCAUAAAUUGGCAGAGGUUAAGAAGAAACUACAAAGCAGAGCACACUGGGAUUAAUAAAAUACAGAAGAGAGACAAUGCAGAAAUGUGCCUGAUUUUCAUGGUGAUUGAGAGUUGAAUGGUUAUAGUUCCUUAAAGUCCCAGUGCACAGUUUUGUAUCAUAUUGUACAACAGCUGAUGAACCUAACUUUGUAAAAGUGUGACAAAAUGUGAUCAGUGUUAUUUACUGAUCGUUGAAAAUACAAUCUAAACAGGACCUUCAAAAUCAGCAGGUUUUGCAUGGAUGGAGUUUUGGCUUGCUUGGUGACAUCACCAGGUGGUUAAGUUAUAGACCAAUAACAAAGUGACUUCCAAACCUCUCUGACAAUAGCAGCUAGUUCAGGUUACAUGUCUCUCCCAUUAGGUUCCGCCAAUUAGGCCCCUCAAUCAGACCACUCCCAGACAGUUAUGGCAAAAUUCUUGCUUGAGAAAUAGUAUUUUGACCAUUUUAAUGGAAUACUAUUACAGUAAGGUACUUAACUGUUACCCAGAAAUGAUUUAAUAUUGAGAUAAAAACAGCUGCAUUGGGCAUUUAAUAUACUAUAAUAAUAGGAUUCAAUUCUCUGGUCCUGUGUGUGUGUGCUCACUUUGGUAGCCUGUGUGUGUGUGUGUGUGUGUGUGUAUUGGGAGUUUGACUCCCCUCUACUAUUAGCCAAGAGAUCCUCUCUAAGUAGAGCCCUGUCUGCUGAGGGACUUGGCUUCUACCCAGCUGGCUGUUGGAGCUAUUCUGGCCGGCCUCUCAGUGGGGCCAGGUAAACACAGGACAUGAUAAUUGAUUUCCAGCCUUCCUGCUGUCCGUGUUUAGUAGGAUGCAGAGUUCCGUCCACCCCACCUGUCUCUUCAUGCACUGACUGCACCAAAAACCUUACAGUACCUACUGAAUUAUAGAACAAUUCUACAGCAAUAACACAAAACACCUCUACUGUGAAGCGUAAUGAUUAUUAUGAAGCACAGUAUUAGUUCUACUCUGGGACAGUUGCUUUCAUCUGACCCAGCCCCUUUAGAAUACUACUGAUCAUCCAUCAUUCUAUAUCCCACGACGUUAGCACUGGCUUCUUUUAAAGCUAAAUGCUACUCAGAUCAGGUGGAUCAACACUCACUGUCCUGUUGGUCCUCCGGCUGCACUAUGACGUUAAUCCUGACUCGAAUGUUAGAAACUUAGUAGAGGUGAGUCUCUCCAUUCAUCCCAACAACAGCAGCUGCUCUAAGGAGAGGCUUGUGGCGGGAUUACAGUGGCUCUGAGGGGCUGUAAGAGUACAUAUCCAUUACACACAAUGGAUUGAUCAGCUGGAGAGUUUGUGUGAGAAGGAAGGAGGGAAGGAGAAAGGGAGUAAACACACACACACACACACUAGGAUGUGGCGCCCACGGGUGUUAGAGAGAUAAGCUAGGGUCCAAGGUGCCCCCCAAGAUGAAUGCACUUCAUUGAUGUAUAGACAGAAUUCAGAACUUCUGUUCUGAUACAUCUAAGCGACAGGGAGCAUGUUCUCUAGGAAUACUAGAGGUAGUGUUGGCUGUUGGGCUGGUUUCCUGAUCAAAGCAGAGAUGUUACUACAGUUAUCUGACCUUUAUAGUGACACGGUUUAUGUCUCUCUCUAGUCAACACCAGGUGAGUCUGAACAAGGAGAUAUGUUGGUGGUAUGAACAUAGUACUGUAACCCUCAAAUAGGAGACUCAGGAAUGUGUGUUUAUCUUGGGGGGGGAGGGGGUGACAGCCUACCGUCACCGGGGAACUGCCUUGCUCAUGGGCAGAACGACCGAUUUUUAACUUGUCAGCUCGGGGAUUGGAUCCAGUAACCAACGCUCUAACCACUAGGCUACCUGCUGCCCCAACAUGUAGGCUUGCUUGGAUGCCUCAAUGCACAUUUUCAAACACAGGUUUCUGGUUGCUGUCAUACUUGCAUGUCAUAAAACAGCCAUAGUAUGUGGCUACAGUACCAUACCUGCAUGAUCCCUACAGUACACUAUAUGAUCAUGCAUUCACUAUGCAUGUUCAGUCCAAGGUCGGUUUAUUCACUUUUUAACCACAUACCAGGCGGUAUAACCCAUGAUAUGCUGCAGUAUGAGGACAUCACGUUCUGGCAAACUGGUUAGGCAAUAGUAGGGACAGGCACGAGGUGCACUGGAGAGGAGAAGGGUAGGGCCGUGGUGUUGCAACAGAAUACCUGCUAUAACCCUAACUUACAUCGCCACGACAACCCUGCAGGAAUUUCAAGGAAUGACCACAUCUGUCCCUGUCUUAAUAAACCACAGAACGACCCGGUCCCUUUUCAACCAGUUUCCCUUCAACACACACACGCACACACCCACAAACGCACACACUCUAUGACCCCAAUCCAGCUACACACCAUCUUCGUCAUUCGCUGGACAGGGUACUGUGACUCUUCCAAGAUAGCUUAGAGGUCCAUUUAUGUUGAUCACUGAAUAUUGCGCUCACAUAAAACAUGGGUCUUGUUUGUGGCUUCAUUGAUUGGGUGGGUGAGAGGUUGAGCAGCAUGUGAUCCAGGAAGGAGCAGAUUUUUAGAGUUAGACACAGUCACAGCUGUCUCUCUGAGCUAGCUAGUCACGUGGGUUACGGCGGUAUGGCAGGCGGAAUGACAUCAUGCACCCAUGUGUUUGUGUUCUUAUAUGGAGCCAGCAAGGGCCAAGAGUUAGAUUCACUGCCUUGCCUAUACAUAUGUCCCCCCCCCCCCCCCACCGCCAAUACACACGCACAGAAACACACCCACACCAACUAAGAACUGGGUGCCGACUUUUCAUUAUUUCUUCAUAACAAGUCCUUGGAUAGAAUCAAAAGUAACACUAUAGAUUUACUGUAAGCUGGGGUCGGGACAGAAGACAACUACUGUAACUUAUAUUAAGUGAACAUCUCUUAUGCUUACAAUUGUAAACACAUACAACGGUAAUAUAAUGAGUGUUCUGUACCUGUUUUGUACCUUUCUGAUGUGGUUGUGUCUGUCACGAACUUGCCCAUUUAUUCUGACAGCACAAAACCAUGAGAAUCUGAAAAAGCACAGGUUGAUUAAUCAAAUUAACGACUGAUGUACAGUAUGAUUGAUUGAUGUAGUAGGGCAGGCCAGAUGCAGUUGGUUCCUCUGUGGUAUAACUGCUCAACAGGCUCAGGGGGCCUGCCAACUCUGUACCCUUCCACAGCAAUAAAAGUAAUUGGAUCGGACAUGUGGUGUUCUUUUGUGCAUCACAGAACAGCUUGUGGAGGCUUCCUGCUUUGUCUUGUGAACAACUGCCCACUCUCAUUGAAGCAAUGGAAGUUCAAGGCCGACCACGGUACUGCAGGCAUUGUUAGCAGAAAACAGGAUC